AUGCCGUUCGGUUUGAAGAACGCCGGAGCAACCUACCAACGACUUGUGAACAAGAUGUUCGCAGAUAAGCUGGGCAUCACCAUGGAAGUGUACAUCGACGACAUGUUGGUUAAGUCGCUCCAUUCCAUUGAUCACCUCCGUCAUCUUCAAGAAUGUUUCGAAACUCUCAACAAAUACGGCAUGAAGCUGAACCCAGCAAAGUGCACAUUCGGAGUCUCUUCAGGCGAAUCCACCGACAAGUGCCUCCCCUUUUACGAUCUCUUGCGAGGAAACAAGAAGUUCAUUUGGGAUGAAAAGUGCGAGGAUGCAUUUCUUCAACUCAAGCAAUACCUGACAACACCUCCAGUACUCGCUAAGCCGGACGUCGGUGAUGUUCUAUCUCUCUUUAUCGCGGUGUCACAAGCUGCAGUCAGCAGCGUUCUGAUAAAGGAAAACCGCGGCGAACAAAACCCCAUCUUCUACACAAGCAGACGCAUGACCGGACCAGAGACGCGAUACCCGACUCUGGAAAAGAUGGCUUUAGCAGUUGUCGAGGCAGCAAGAAAGCUUCGACCAUCUGGCAGACUCACGAAGUGGGCCAUCGAACUCGGCGAGCUCGAUAUUACCUACAAGAACCGCACAGCGGCGAAGUCCCAAGUCCUUGCGGACUUCCUGGUCAAGUUGGCCCCAAAAUUGGAACAAGAUCUUAUACUCUCAAGCUCAAACUGGACGCUGCACGUCGAUGGAUCAUCGACCAACAAGGGAGCAGGAGCCGGAGUCCAACUACAGUCCCCGACCAGAGAGCUAAUCAGGCAGUCUUUCAGCUUUGGCUUUCCCGCGUCAAACAACGAAGCAGAAUACGAAUCUCUGAUCGUCGGACUCCGCUUAGCAAAAGCCAUAAAAGCUAAACGACUAAGCGCCUAUUGCGACUCUCAAUUAGUCGCCAGUCAGUUCAGCGGCGACUACGAUGCCCGCAACGACCGAAUGGAUGCCUAUCUCAAAAUAGUGCAAAGCCUGACAUCUCAAAAUAGUGCAAAUCCUGCAGCAGAGUUCGAGUUCUUCGAACUCAUCAAAGUUCCCAGUGGCGAAAACGUCUUCGCCGACGCCCUUGCGGCCCUUGGCAGCAAGCUUUGGGAUCAAGUUAAACGAACCAUCCCGAUACAUCGUAUCGAGAAACCAAGCAUCGAUAUUCCAACUGACCAAACCCUCGUUGCCCCGGUCAUCAAACCCGCUACUCCAGAUGACGACGGAUUUGGUCCUGAUUGGAGAACUAAGUUUAUCGACUACCUCUCGAAGGGAGAACUCCCAAACGACAAAUGGGAAGCACGCCGACUAAAAACACGCAGCGCCUAUUACGUCGUUCUUGACGAUGAACUACACCGCUGGACCGCGAGUAAUGGCCAGGCAGAAUCCUCCAAUAAACUCAUCAUCGAUGGCAUUAAAAAGCGUCUGGAUCUGAAAAAGGGUCACUGGGCCGACGAGCUCGAUGGGGUCCUAUGGAGCCAUCGCACAACGCCGCGAGGAUCGACUAAAUCGACACCUUUCUCCCUCGCCUACGGUGUAGAAGCCAUGGCUCCCGCUGAAGUCAACGUUUCAAGCCUCCGACGCUCCAAGAUGCCUCAAUACGUCGAACUCAACAAGGAAAUGCUACCCGACACCCUUGAUGAGAUAGAAGAACGACGAGAUCAAGCUCUGCUGCGAAUCCAGAACUAUCAACACCAGAUCGAGAGUUACUACAACAAAAGGGUCCGUGCCCGACCUCUAGAACUCGGUGACCUCGUCAUGCGCAAGGUGUUUGAAAACACUAAGGAGCUAAACGCCGGUAAACUCGGCGCCAGGUGGGAGGGACCUUACAAAAUAAUCAAAGUCGUCAAACCUGGAGUAUACCGACUUCAAACUUCACGUGCCGAAGAAGUUACCCGAUCACGGAACUCGAUGCACCGAAGACGUUUCUACUCGUAG